ACAAUGAAGAAAUGAUCUAUUUUAUUUAUUAUCUGACAUUUUCUUUCAUUUUCUCUUCCCCACCUCACUCUUAUUCCUCGUGUUAGGUGUCCUAUUAAACUCCUUUUUUAGUCUUUGUCUGCAAUCCAUUUCUUCAUUGUUCUUCAUCCAUCAUCCUGAUGAUGGAUUGCUGAAAGCAAUCGAAAACAUCAAUUCAAAAGCAUACACAGUUUUUUUCAAAAACAAAUCUUGUUCAUAAUAUGUAUUUUUUCAUUCAACAAUUUCUUAAAACAAAUUUUGUAAAUACAAAUAUUGACUACGGAUAAUUUAUGUCAACGAAAACAACUUUGAAUGAAUAACAAGUAGAGUCAGCUGUCAAAUUUAUAGCUUGCCUGAAACGAGUACUGGAUUUUGAUUUAAUUGUAUAUAUAAGUCAACUGAAAUGGAAAGAAGAUGGUAGCACUUCCCACAAUGAAUAUGCUGCGCGCUAUUACCGUGCCUGCUGGUCUCCUCCAAAAAUGCCCCAACCCACAUAAACGACAUAUAACAAAAUUCAAUUACAGGCGCUCCAAGUCGAUGUCAACAAUGGCAAGUGCAGAUAGCUUGCCAGAGCACGUCAUGAAGGUGGCAGCCAUUUCUGGAUCUCUCAGAAAAUCCUCCUUUAAUCGGGGUUUACUCCGUUCUGCUGUUGAGAUUGCGAAGGAAAGCAUACCACAUAUGGAGAUUGACAUCUUGGAAAUUGCACAUCUUCCAUUUGUAAAUACCGAUCUGGAAGUAAACAACAGAUUUCCUCCAUCAGUGGAGGAGCUCAGGGCCAAGGUUCUGCAGGCUGACUGCAUACUCUUUGCAUCUCCAGAGUACAAUUAUUCUGUAACUAGUCCUUUGAAGAAUACCCUUGACUGGGCAUCCAGACAUCCCAAUGCUUGGUCCGACAAGCCUGCAGCUAUAAUGAGUGCUGGGGGAGGAUAUGGCGGCGGACUGUCCCAAUACCAUUUGAGACAAAUUGGGGUUUACCUAAAUUUGCAUUUUAUCAAUAAACCUGAGCUUCGCAUCAGAGCAUUUGAACCUCCUGCGAAAUUUGAUGGUGAUGGGAAUCUUAUUGAUGAUAAAAUAAGGGAGCUGAUGAAAGAACUUCUGCUCUCGUUGUCUGCAUAUACUCGCAGACUUCAAAAUAAGUAGUACUGAGUUAACAGUGAAGAAAAGAAGAGGCGUGGAAAGUUUCCCCCAUAUUUAAUGGGGUGUGGCCUAAAUUUGACGGUCGACUCUGCCUGUCAAAGCAUAUUAUUUAUGAUUGGUAUUUUUAAAGACGAGUAAAAUUAUAUAUAUAUUAAAUAUAUAUCUCAAAAUAAUUUUAUAUAAAUUUUAACUCUUUAUUUGAAAUCUAUCUUUUCAUAUGAUAUAUGAUAUUGUUCUUUAUAUGAAA